UGUGAGAACAAAAUGAGGAAUAAAAAUAAAGAAAUAAAAUUUGACAACUAAAAUAUCCGGAGUAAAAAUUAAGGAUAAACAAGCAAACACAGGCAGUCGGAACUGUCGCGCUUACGGGGAAGACGAUGGGUUGUUGCGGCACCGUUACCUUGUUCUUCUCCGGCGAGCCCCAACAUUUCUCGCCGCUUCCUACCAGAUCUGCUCAAUUCGGGAGGAUUUCUUAUAGAACAACUACAGUCUCCGGCCGACCAACAUUUCAGGUCCGGAAAUGCAGGCGGCCAUCCGGAGCUCCGGCCACCGUUCUUCGCUGCAACUGUCAGCUAUCAUCAGAAAUUGCCCCUCUCACGUCUGCAGCUUAUGGAACGCUGUUGCUUGGCGGGGGACUCUUUGCAUAUUCAAGAACAAAAAGCACGGGUUCACUUGUAGGUGGACUUACUGGCGCUACACUCAUGGGUACAGCUUACUUCCUGAUGCAAGCAUCUGAGACCAAGGAAUUAGGCGACGCCCUAGCAUUUGGAUCAUCACUCCUCUUCUCAUCCGUGUUUGGUAUACGGCUUGUUGCUUCCCGCAAACUAGUUCCUGCAGGCCCGUUGCUAGCCAUAUCCUUUGGGGCACUGGCAGUGUUUGUUCUUGCCUAUUUACGCGAUAAGAUCUGAUGGGAUUGUAAUGUGAAGAAGAUGUGGCGGUGUGCAUGCCGAGUUCAAGUGCUAGCUUUUGAUGUUGGGUGUUUUAGCAGAAUCUGUUGUGUUUGGGGUCAAGAUGUGGUAUCUCAGUGUAAAACAAUACUGUUAGAAUUUAAAAACCUUUCUUGGACCUACAACCAUAAGCUUGAGCUUUUUGUUGAGUUGGUUGCUCAAGAAAUCCCGAGUUUGAAACUCACAGCCACCUAGCAUAACAAAAAAUUUCACGUGCAAGGCUCAAUGAAGUUACGCCUGUAUGUGAUGAGUUGGUUUCUUGACACAUCGUAAGGUUAGAACUUUUUACUUGGGCCAACAAUCGUAAGGUUAGAACUUUUGAU